GGAUGAGUCUCGAGGGACUCCUGCUCCAUGAAAGGAAAAAAAUAAGAGAGAGAGAGAGAGAGAGAGAGAAUGGUUCAAAUGUUCUGUAAUCGGAACAGAGAGAAAGAAUGGUUCAAAUUUUCUGAAAUCUGAACAAACCAUACGACGUUGGCUUUGACACCUAAGCAAUUUCAUCAUUUCUUCCCUUUGACUAUUUAGUAUAUUUCCACCUUUGUUUUCACAUCACCCUUCCAUAUAAAUCCUCCUCCUUCUCUCUCUACCCAUCUUUUCCCCUCCAUUCGAUCAUCGAUCAUCCAACCCUACUCGUCAAAACAAAUUCUCUCUCUCUCUCUCCAUAUAUAGAAUCCUGAGUUAUUCAAUGGAUGGUCUUCACCACCGUAUCGCGGCGAACAUCGAUCCGGGAGACGGUAGGUUCCCUCAAUGGAGUAUCCAGGAGACGAGGGACUUCCUGGUGAUUCGGGCCGAGCUGGAUCAGACCUUCAUCGAGACGAAACGCAACAAGGUUCUGUGGGAGGUGGUCGCGACGAAGAUGAAGGAGAGGGGCUACAACCGCAGCACAGAGCAGUGUAAGUCCAAAUGGAAAAACCUCGUCACUCGAUAUAAGGGAUGUGAAACCAUGGAACAAGAAGGUAUGCGUCUACAAUUUCCAUUUUACAACGAGCUCCAGACGAUUUUCAGCGCGAGGAUGCAGCGAAUGCUGUGGAUGGAAGCGGAAGGGGGAGCGAGCGGGUCGAAGAAGAGAUCAUCAGGGAUGCUUCUAUCAUCGGAAGACGAAGAUGAGAACGAAGAGAGCGAUAGGGAGAAGGGUAAUAUUGGAAGCAAAAAGAAAAGGAAGGUAACCAAAGGCAGUGGCAGCACUAGUACUCAUGGGAGUACCGGCGGAAACAUCAGUGAUUUGAAAGAGGUGUUGGAGGAGUUCAUGAAGCAACAGAUGCAGAUGGAGAUGGAAUGGCUGAAAGCGUUCGAGGCGAGGGAGGAGGAGAGGAAGGUGAGGGAGAUGGAGUGGAGGCAGAAGAUGGAGGCAUUGGAGAACGAGAGGGUGGUGAAUGAGAGGAUGUGGAGAGAGAGAGAAGAGCAAAGAAGAGUGAGAGAGGAAGCUAGGGCUGAUAGGAGGGAUGCCCUCAUGACAGAACUCUUGAACAGGCUUAGGAGAGAUGGUUAGAUUUGGUCAGCUAGCUAGUUCUAGCCAGCCCUAAUUUGUUUAUUUUUCUUGUGGUUGAGCAAGAAGAAAUUAAAGAAGCUAGCUAUGCCUGAGGUUUGCCUCUCCAAACUUAGCUUAGCUCUUGUUCAUGCUAUAAUUAUACAAUUACCUAACUCAUUUUGCCCAUAUUCAAUACACACCUUUUGAAUUCAUUUAA